ACAAGUACAACUAAACCUAUCAAAAUGGCACGUACCAAGCAAACCGCUCGCAAGUCAACCGGUGGAAAGGCACCUAGGAAGCAGCUGGCCACCAAAGCCGCACGUAAGAGCGCRCCCGCCACCGGUGGAGUCAAGAAGCCACAUCGUUACCGUCCGGGAACUGUCGCUCUCCGUGAAAUCCGUCGGUAUCAGAAGAGURCUGAGCUGUUGAUCCGCAAAUUACCUUUCCAACGUUUGGUGCGUGAAAUCGCACAGGAUUUCAAGACCGACCUGCGUUUCCAGAGUUCCGCCGUCAUGGCUUURCAAGAGGCCAGCGARGCUUACUUGGUCGGUCUGUUCGAGGACACCAAUCUGUGCGCCAUUCACGCCAAACGUGUCACGAUCAUGCCGAAAGACAUCCAGUUGGCUCGUCGUAUCCGUGGUGAACGUGCUUAGACUCUUGCUGCUUGUAAUCAACACCUAUAAAAAGGCCCUUUUCAGGGCCACUAAAUAUUUGUAUUAUUUUACCGUUCCUCGAUACAUUAUGAUAUUGAYGUUGUAUAAUACUUUUUCGAUACGUCAUGAUUUCC